CCUCUCUGUGGUGUGAUUGGUAGCGUCCGCAGACUCAGAAAGGCAGCCAAAUAUUUGACAAACUGGCAGCGAUCGCUGGCUAGCAGGCUACGAGUUCAAAGAUAUUUCCUCCAGAAAUCGUCCUCCCAUAUAUUUUAGUUGUGUGCCUAUAUUCAGAGGAUUUAGAUUUUCGCGUACACAGGAUGUCAACUCCAGCGAGACGGCGUUUAAUGAGAGAUUUUAAACGGCUGCAAGAGGAUCCUCCAGCUGGAGUUAGUGGGGCUCCUUCAGAAAAUAAUAUCAUGGUGUGGAACGCUGUCAUUUUUGGACCGGAGGGAACACCUUUUGAAGAUGGAACCUUCAAACUUACCAUUGAAUUCACAGAGGAAUAUCCUAAUAAACCCCCAACAGUGCGAUUUGUCUCCAAAAUGUUUCAUCCAAAUGUGUAUGCAGAUGGCAGCAUAUGCUUAGAUAUACUUCAGAAUCGUUGGAGUCCUACCUAUGAUGUCUCUUCAAUCUUAACUUCAAUACAGUCUUUACUGGAUGAGCCAAACCCAAACAGUCCAGCCAACAGCCAAGCAGCCCAGCUCUACCAGGAAAACAAACGGGAGUACGAGAAGAGGGUUUCCGCUAUUGUUGAACAAAGCUGGCGUGACUGUUGACCCUUGUUGCCGUUGGGAGUAUGAACAGUGUCCAGCUCAGAAUCAUGGCACCGCCGAUCAAGAAAACAUCUUUAUCUCACAGAAAUAAAAAUGACACAUCUGAGUAAAAAAAAAAAAAAGAAAAGAAAAAAAAUCCUUCAGUAUAUUUGUCCCCUAACUGUUGCUAAGUUUGUAUGCUGUUGUGUUGUGGCAUUCACUCCUGCCGAAUGCUAUUGUUGGGCAAUAGCGUCUGUUUGUUAAAAGUUAAUGUACCUUGUUAUAUCUGGGUUACUUGCUAAAUGCCCUCGACUCUUUUCUAAAAGGCAAUAGCCAGUCUCUCAGCCGUCGCCUCUCCGCCCGUUUUAGUCACACACGAGGUAAACUGGUUAGGUGAUGCGGUGACACUUAAUUAGAUGUGCUUUGCUGUGUGGUUUGCUGUGUAGGUGCCGGCACUUCAUAUUUACACACACACACACACACACACACAAAAAUCAAAAAGCUGUUUGUGGGUGUUUCUCCUUCUGUUUCAGUGAGUUCACUCCUGGUUGGUUUUGUUUGUUUAUGCCUAUUGAUGAAAGCCUUUCAGACGGAUCAAAAAAAAUUCUACCCGUGGCAUGGACACCCACCCCUCUUUAACUACUCAACAGAUGCCUUUCGGGAGGGACGUCAAUCCGCUGUUUUUUUAAUUCCAUGCCUUUCUUUUUAAAGAAAAAUAACAGUUGACAUGUGAGUCCCUCUGCUACAUACAAACAAGACGUUUUUGACCUUUUCCAGGCACUUAACCUGCAGAGUUUCAUAAUGCUGACAUUUAAAGGCCGUGUGAGGACAUUUCUAUGCUAUUUUACAAUCUUGGAAAUCAGCUGCCAUUAAAAA